CGUCUUGCGUUUUUAAUCCGCUAGGGAAAUAAAUAGUUUGACACCUGUCUGAACUGAACUGUUGACAUGUUCAGCAGAGUCUCAGCGACGAUGUAGAAAUGAAGCACUUUGCCGUCGGUUUUUGCUGAUUUACUCUAAACUGCUGUUGCAGCCGCGGCUCCUGUUGAGAUCCCAGAUGGCAGAUGUUAGAACAUUAUUGGAGUCCCUCAGGAGAGGGUUUAAGAUUGACAUGCUUAGGGAAGUUGUCCGGCAGUAUCCUGUCAUAUGCUUUUUGCUGAUGUCCAUGCUGUCUUCGACCAUCAUUCUCAACAGGUAUCUGCAUGUUCUGAUGAUAUUUUGGUCCUUCCUGGCUGGAGCAAUCACCUUCUACUGUUCGCUUAGUCCAGACCAACUGGUGCCCAGUGUCCUCUUUUCUAUAAAGACCAGGAACAAACGGCAGGAGCAGCAGGAGCUCUUUCCACAGGGCCACAACUGUGCAGUCUGUGGGAAAAACAAGUGCACUCGACACAGAUCAACUCUUCUUCUGGAAAACUACCAGCCAUGGUUAGGUUUGAAAGUGCAUUCAAAGGUGGACACAUCCAUUGGAGAGGUGCUGGAGUUAGUGCUGGAGAACUUUGUGUAUCCUUGGUACAGGGAUAUUACAGAUGACGAGGCCUGUGUGGAUGAAGUGAGGCAGACGUUCCGUUUUUUUGCUUCGGUUCUAGUUCGCCGAGCCCAAAAGGUGGACGUGCCAUCAGUCGCCACCGGCAAAAUGAUGAAGGCAGCCAUGAAGCACAUAGAGAUUGUUGCUAAAGCUCAGCAGAAAGUGAGAAACCCUGAAGGGCUGCAGCAGGCUGCGCUGGAGGAGUACGGUGCAGAUCUACACGUGGCUUUGCGCAGUCGCAGAGAUGAGCUCAACUACUUGAGGAAACUGACUGAGAUGCUCUUCCCUUACGUCAUGCCUCCGAAAGCUACCGACUGCAGGUCCCUGGCCCUGCUGAUUCGAGAGGUCAUGACUGGCUCAGUGUUUCUCCCAACCAUGGACUUCAUGGCUGACCCUGACACUGUCAACCACAUGGUGCUCAUAUUCAUCGAUGACACUCCUCCUGAGCCAGCGACUGAGCCUCCGUCUGCGUUGGUGCCCUUCCUGCAGAAAUAUGCUGACUCUCGCAACAAGAAGCCUUCUGUGCUGAAGCUGGACCUGAAGGAGAUCCGGGAUCAGCAGGAUUUAUUGUUCCGCUUUAUGAGUUUCCUGAAACAGGAGGGAGCCGUGCAUGUGCUGCAGUUCUGCCUCACUGUGGAGGAGUUCAAUGAUAAAAUCCUGUGUCCUGAGCUAAGCGACUCUGAGAUGGAGCGACUGCAUGGUGAGGUGCAGAACAUCUAUGAGACAUAUUGUCUGGAGGAAAGCAUUGACAAGAUCAGCUUUGAUCCCUUUAUCAUCGAGGAAAUCUGCAGUAUCGCAGAGGGCCCAUACACAGGUGUGGUGAAGCUGCAGAAGAUGCGUUGUCUCUUUGAGGCCUAUGAACAUGUCCUGUCACUGCUGGAGAAUGUCUUCACCCCAUUGUUUUGCCACAGUGAUGAGUAUUUCAGAUACCUGCUGUGUGGGGCUGAAUCUCCUGCUAGGAAUGCCAAACUAAACCGGAAUUUGAGUUUGGAUGAUUUAAGGAACACGUCUAAGCGAGGAGAGUCGUUUGGGAUCAGCCGCAUCGGCAGUAAGCUGAAGGGUGUGUUUAGAAGCACCACUAUGGAAGGAGCCAUGCUGCCCGCCUAUACAAUGGUUGACGGUGAAGAGGAUAUGGUGGAGGAGGCUACUGUGGUAGUGGAGGAUGAAUCUCCUGUACCGGAGAACAUGGUCAGCCCUCCAGGAACGCACAGGAACCUUUCAGCAUGGACCAUCGCCAUUCCCUUUGUGGACUUCUAUGAGGAUGAAGCCAAAAAAGAACGCAUUCCUGUCUUCUGCAUUGACGUGGAGCGCCAUGACCUCCAGCAUGUUGGUCAUGAGAUGGAAACAUGGUCAAUCUUCAGGAGGUACCUUGAGUUCUAUGUCCUGGAGUCCAAACUCACAGAAUUCCAUGGUUCAUUCCAAGAUGCACAACUCCCCUCCAAAAGAAUCAUAGGGCCAAAGAAUUAUGAGUUCCUAAACUCAAAGCGUGGUGAAUUUGAGGAGUACCUACAGAACCUGCUGCGACAUCCUGAGCUGAGCAACAGUCAACUUCUGGCAGACUUCCUCUCUCCGAACAGCAUGGAGACACAGUUCCUCGACAAGAUGCUGCCUGACGUCAAUCUGGGAAGGAUUUUUAAAUCAGUACCAGGGAAACUUAUCAAGGAGAAAGGGCAGAACCUGGAGCCGUUCCUCCAGUCCUUCUUCGGCUCAUGUGAGUCUCCUAAACCCAAACCCAGCCGUCCCGAGCUCACCGUCCUCAGCCCCACCACCGGAAACAAGAAGCUUUUCAACGAGCUUUACAAAAACAACGCCGACCAGCCGGACAGCAUGGACAGAAGACAAAACCAGAACUACUUUCUGGAGGUAAUGGAUCUGGAGGGCGUUUAUGACUACAUGAUGUAUGUAGGUCGCGUGGUGUUUCGCAUGCCCGACUGGCUGCACCAUGUGCUGUGUGGAGGUCGGAUACUGUUUAAGAGAACGCUGGAGGCUUACAUGGACCACUACCUUCAGUCCAAACUGGACAAGAUCCUCAAGGAGCACCGCCUCGUCUCUCUAAUCACUCUCCUUAGAGAUGCGGUGUUCUGUGAGAACAAUGAAGAGCGUUCUCCUGAGGACAAACAGAGAAGAGCCAAGCAAACCUUUGAAGAGAUGAUGAACUACUUACCAGAUAUCGUUGGAAAAUGUAUAGGAGAGGAGAACAAAUCGGAGGGUAUCCAGUUACUCUUCAACUGCAUUCAGCAGCCUCUCCUCAACAAGCAGAUGACAUACGUACUGCUAGACAUUGCUGUUCAGGAGCUGUUUCCAGAACUCCAUUCCAGCACGAAAGACGGUCCUUCCACUAGACGGAUGUAAAUAAUAUUCAGAUGUUUUCCCGGGAAUCUGAACUGUCUGGGGACGUAUUGACAUUCCUGUGUUUAUUAUUGCACUACUGACAUACAAAAAUAAAUAUAUUUAUUAAUCAUUUUA